GACGAAAGGAAGGUUGGAAGUUAUAAUAUAUACUAGCCUCCACAAGCUUCGCCCGGCUUCAAGUUAGUUUAGCACUUUUCAGCGGCCUCCCACGGGCUACAGCCGCUAGAGUAGAGACAGCUCGCGGGUGCGCUGUUGCACCCUACGAAUUGACUACGACAAGAGCCGAGUGCCGGCGGUGGCCGACUCAGAUGCGUCGACUCAUGUGCAGGGCAUUGCGCUGCCUUCGGUUUUUUUAUCAGAUUGCCGGGUGGGUCAUGCAAAUCCUUAAGACUUUCGAUCGUUUUGGCUCGCGAUGCAGCGCCGGUCUCUUCCGGAGGGCAGGCUUUCUUGUCGACACGGACAGUCCCCGCAGCACCGCCUUCAUUUACGGUUGAUCCAGGGCUGCCGCGACCGGUGAACCCUGCACGUCUAGGAGGACCAGACGGGGUACGGGGUUCCGGACCUUCCCAACCACAAGUCCCGAUGGCGCCUCCUCCUGUACAACAUCCGCCGCCUCCUCCUCUACAACAUCCGCCGCCUCCGCCUGAAGGAUGUUCAAGUCCGCCGGCUUCGCCUAAAGGAUGUCCGAUUCACCCGGCUUCGUCUGAACGACUUACAAAGUCGACCUCUUGUGACACACAGACAAGAAUAUGGUGCGCGUUGCAAGGCCAGAUGGGGGCCGCACAACAUGCUGCAGACUCGGCCAAAGAGGAAGCGCAAGUGGCGUCUCACGAACCUUCAUCACCCGAAGAUAUUUCCGCUGCUCUCAAAAAGAUUGGCCCGCUUGUUAAAAAAGCGGAAGAAUGUCUGCAGAACGUAGAGCAGAUGGGUUGUGAAAACAUCACUGGGAAUGCGAAAAUAACGAUCAAAGCCUGGAUCGCGGAUGCGAAAAUAAUGAUCACAAACAGGAUCGCGGAAGUGAAAGGGGCCCAGAAGCAUCUCAAAUCGCUACAGCCUUAACCGAUACCGCGGGAUCUUCGAUGCAGACAUCACCACCAAAAUUCUGCGGGAUGAAAGGCUGUAGAUGGAGCGCAACCGUCAAGAAUUGACCUCCUAUUGAAAAAGACAGUUGGUAGAGCUAGCAUAAAUCCGCUGACAGUCUGUGGCAUUCGACGUGUUUUCUAUAACGUUUUGGCUUUUUGGUUUUUUUUAAGUCUGGAAAAUCUUACUAAUCUUUAUUGCUCGUUGAUCAUAGCUUUUCCGUGUCUCGAUCAUACUCUCGGGGCGAAGAGAGUGCUGCUCCUGUCGCGCAUAUGAAUCAAAUCGCUGUCACUUUCUUAAAACUAAGCUAGCGUGCAAGAGCUCCCAGGAUUCUAACCUUAUUCCAAGACUCUCCUCAUAUGAAUGGAAGGCAAGUCAAAUCUCAUCGC